AUGAUUCCUUGCAAAUAUGGCUCGGGGCAAGAAUCGUCUGCGGCUGCUGGAGAUAGUAGCCGAGAUGAAGUUUCUAUGGCGAAUGAUAGUGGUGAGGAGGGGUCAGAAUCUGUCAUGUCUGAUAGUCUAAAUGGGAUUGCGAACUCUGUCGGGAGUCGAGGGUCUGGUCAGACACCUAGUCUUUCUGAGGCAUUUAUGUCAGAUCGAUCAUCGGAUUCUACUCGGAUGUUCAAUUCUGGUCAACCAUCCAAUCCGCUUCAGACAUUUAACUCCAUUCCAACAUGCAGCCCUUUACAAGAAUCACAUGGAUCAUCAGCAAGUAUGACGGUACUUUGUGGUUCGCUUACUGCUGAAAAUUGGAAUCCACUGGCUUUGGGAAGUCUAUCUCAAGGGAUUGUUGACUGGUCAAAUUUUAGAAUCCAACCAGAUGCACCUCAAACUGGAGAACCGCAUCAAAACCCCCUUCCUCCAACAUCCAAGCCCGACUACCUGUGUUCACUGACCACAGAGACUGUCGAGAGAUACCGCACUCUAUACUUUGCUCACUUCCAUGAUCGCUGGCCUAUAAUCCAUUCGCCAUCUUACGAGGAUAUUGAGGAGGUGCCAAAGAUUCUACUCCCAUCUAUAUUGAUGAUCGGUGGUUGGAUCGACGGAACUCCAACCUCGAGAUAUUGGGCUUUGAAAGUUCACCAGAGUUUGGUAAAGCGUAUCAUUCCACGUCUGUGUCAACUAGAAGAUAUAGACACAAUGACGCAACCUCUACCUAUAGUUUUGUACCAAUGUACCUUACUGAAUAUUAUUUUCGCAUCAUAUUGCGGGAAGCGUGACAUUCUGGCAAAAGGAUUGGUUUUGCGUAAUCUCCUUGCUACCUCCCUAUACGAGGUUGGGAUUUUAACUCCUGGGACUAUCUAUACAGAUGAUAAACCGGGUUUUUUUCUACCACUACAUCUGGUUAAGCAGGAACAAAGAAGGAGAAUUGCAAUUGGUCUAUUCAAGAUUGAUACAUAUUUUAGUGUCAUAAAGGGACAGCCACUAUUAAUCAAACCAGAGGAACUACACUUCAGUAUUCCCGAAACUUUUGCACAUUGGAAUGCCGAUGGGCUUCCAAUCUUUGAAGUUCGUCGACGGGAUGAACCGAAAUCUCGAAGCCAGCGAUUAAUCAAUAUGAUGUUUGAAGAGGUGACGCUCGGAACGAUUGACUUCUCGGAGAAUGAUUCUAUGCUGGAGGAUAUCCAAAUGUGUCUUUGGGCCAUGCAAUCACAAAUCUCGCAACUUUCGAAGCAAGAUCCCCAGAAACGGAACGAACUAAGUCUAAAUAUUCAAAGAGAAUCGUUGAAACGGCAACUAGAAUCAUUAAAACGUGGUGCGACGAAACUUUGCACAAGGAUAUCCAGCCGGGAGGUAUUGGAACAAGCGGAUCAUUCUCCCAUGCGACAUUAUUAUGGAAUUGAAGACCAUGACAAGCCCGGAUGGGAAAACAUCGUCUCUAGACGCAUUCACAGAUUCAUAUUUGACACCUCUAUACUAUAUCACCUGAUGAGUCUACAAGUAUUCACCGAGAUGCAGACUCUAAGAAUGCUGGCCAAAGAUCCCGCUAUCCCUGACAACAUCCGAGGAUUCUUCGGAGAAGUAUAUUCCCACCCACAUACCUCACGUAUAUCAGCAGCACGCGCAUGGACUCAAGAACCCAACUCCCGACGAGCAUUAUGGCACGCAAGCGAAAUCCUCCUAAGCCACAAUAAACUCAACAUGACCUCCUCCCUCGUCGAUUUCAUCCCCGAUCCAAUAUCCUACAUUGCUUUAGCCUCCGCAGCAUUAGUCAUCUGGACACAUUGUAUGUACGGACAGGAAACCUGCAGUCCCGGGCCCGACGCAUCUGGAUCAAUAUCCGUUUCUCACCACGAGGGUAUGCCGAUCGAGUUGACGAAACUAAGUGAGGUGAUGAAUGGUGCUUCGUAUGAUGAAAGGGCUAAGGAGGUUUGGAUUGAGAGCGGUGCUUGUUUUCGGGUUUCGCUUGAAAAUGUUCGAUUGUGUGGUUGUAAUGUUGGGAUUUUGAUGGCGAAGUUGCGCGCUUAUAUACCGCGUGAUUGGGAGGUGGUAAAGGAGAUUGCGCCGAAUGUUUUGGGGGAUGCUUGA